GAGAGCAAGAGAAGAGAGAGGGUGUUGUGUGUGCGCGCGUCUCCAGACCGAGAGAGAGAGAAAGAAGAGAGAGAGAGAGAGAUAUCUUUAUUCUCUUUAUUUUCUCUCUCUCUAAUUGAAAGUUAUCUUCAUCAGUGACUUGUGAAGUUAAACUAGUGAAAGAAAAUUAAAGAAAGAAAGUUUUCUCUAAAUUUGAAAAAAAAGAUAGUUUGGAUUUUUAUCUUCAAUUGUUUAAAGAUGACGGAAGAGAAAAGUGAAGAGAAGAACUAUUAAUACCUCCUCCUCCUUCUCCUCCUCCUCCUCCUCCUCCUCCUCCUCCUCCUCCUCCUCCUCCUGCAAACAUAAUCUACUAAUUUUGUGCUUUUAAUCUAUAUCUCCUCCUCCUCUUCCUUCUUAUUCCUCACUCCUCCUCCUCUCCUCCUCCUCCUCCUCCUCCUCCUCCUCCUCCUCCUCCUCCUCCUCCUCCUCCUCCUCGUGGUGAUCACAAUGCGGUGUUUUGGUGAGCAGAGGAGAACAUUUCACAGCAAAGUGGUUCUUUUAGAUGAACAAGAAUUGAUUCAAGACAUCCAGGACACGACAACUGGCCAAGACUUACUGGAGACCGUCUUUUCUCACCUGAACCUCGUAGAGACAACAUAUUUUGGGCUCCGCUACCUAGACCCUUCCAAUCAGACGCACUGGUUGGAACCUGGGAAGAAAGUUUGGAAGCAAUUGAAAGGUACAUCGCCCUUCACUCUCUACUUCAGUGUGAAAUUCUACGCGGCCGACCCUUGUAGACUCGUAGAGGAGAUAACCAGAUACCAAUUUUUCCUACAAGUUAAACAAGAUAUUCUACAAGGAAGGUUACCAGUGUCUCAAGAUCUUGCAGCCGAGUUAGGAGCAUAUGCUGUCCAGUCUGAACUUGGUGACUACGACCUGCGGCGCCAUUCACCAGGCUACGUCUCGGAGUUUCGGUUUGUGACGACCCAAACGGUGGCUCUGGAGAACAGGAUAGCUGAACUGCACAAGAAGCUCAUUGGGCAGAUCCCGAGCAAGGCAGAGCUGAGUUACUUGGACAAGGUGAAAUGGUUGGAUAUGUACGGCGUGGACCUCCAUCCUGUAUUGGGCGAGGACAACAUUGAGUACUUUCUGGGUCUCACACCAGCUGGGGUCAUUGUGCUCAGAAACAAGGCUAAGGUCGGGAACUAUUUCUGGCCGAGAAUUUCCAAAGUGUAUUUCCGAGGGCGAUUUUUCAUGCUGAGAGUGAGAGAUAAGAAUAACUCGGAAAACACUUAUGGCUUUGAGACACCCAGCAAAUCAGCCUGCAAGCACCUGUGGCAGUGUUGUGUGGAGCACCAUGCGUUCUUCAGGCUCACACAGACCUCCAGCAACUCUGCGGCUGCUAUUUUCUCUCUCGGCGCCAAGACUGUUCGCAGCGAGAAGGACGGAGAGGUGGGAGAAGCAAGGUUGAACUCAAGAAGCCAACCAGAAUUUACUCGUAUGCCAAGUAGAAGAUACCAAAGAAGAAUCGUGGAAGGCGCACAGGACAUGCCACGAGUUGAGGAUAGUGAGGUGAAGGGAGAUGCUGCCACUCUGCCGACCCAAAACAUGUACAGAUCAAGUUCUGUGACCUUAGGAGGUGGUCGCGGCUCCCCCCAUAGCACGCGGUCCGCCCCCCACCCUCCCUUGACCACCACCACCACCCCUACCCGGCGGGGGGAGAGUCCUAAGUCCCUGAGGUCCACUACUACGACUACUACUAUUCAGGACUAUAAAGUAUCAAGGAGGACGUCCAGUGUGGAUAGCCAGUCUUCUGUCGAUUCCAGGGGCCAUAGGAGGCACCGAAGAAGCAGAGGUCGUUCUUCUGACGGGGAGAGUGAGGCCUCCAGUAAAUGUUCCUCUCGCAGCCACCACCACCACCGUCGCUGCCACCACCACCACCACCACCACAGUGACGACUCGGACCAGCACCACCACCACCACCACCGCAGGCACCGUCGACGCAGGCAUAAAUCAGGUAGCAGUGAACCUCAAUGGGCACAGGUCACAGCAGGUCACUCACAGGUCAGAGGUCACCUGGCUACCGUCCGUGACCUCACCCACAAGAGCGGAUACCAGCCCUCCGGUGUGGAUACAGAGGUGGAUUCUUUGCACCACCACCAUCACCACCACUCCGCUAAUAAGAAGAGACAUCGGAAGCAUAGGUCCAGAUCGCGGUCCCCUUCAGAGGCAAGACACUCUAGGCUGCCUGAGGAGCUGAGGAGGCACUUGGCACUCGACCUGCAAACCAAUCCUGGGCUGACAAGUGCCGAGCUGCAGGAAAUCCCAUACACAAAGGUCGAAACAGCCAAAACUAUCAAGAUCAAAUACGGAUCACCCAAAUCACGCAGGCAUAGAAGCCCUCGCAGGUCCAAGAGUAACUCCAGCGAUCGGAAGGCCACCCCCCCAGCGGAUGGAGAGAGCCCGCCCCCUCCAUACACCCCAUCCAUACACUUAAAAACCCAUCAUACACUACCUAAGGAAGUGGAGGGAAGAAUACCAGAUGGAGCUGUAGGAGGAGGAGGAGGAGGAGGA